CUGCAGUGCAUCUGCACAGUCUCCGUGGUGCACUCUGAUGGGACUAUCAUGCUGCUGUUGAAGGCAUUUACUCCCAGAAAGGUAAGCUGAAACACAAUCUUGGAGUGGGGAACACUUUUCUUUAUUGGUUUUAAAAUCUACUCUAAUUUUAGAUACUUUUUCUUCCAUGGUAGAUAUGGAGACAAAAACUGGACCUGUGUUUGGGCUGAAGUCACGAUCAAACUGGGUGACCCUUUUUGUGUUGUUAGUAGUGACACUCCUUUUGUAUCAUGACCCAUUAGUACUCCUCUGGUGGCCUCAAAAACCUGCUGAGGUGAGAUAAGACAAUUUUUCAUACAAUAUAAAUAUUCAAUUUAUGAGUAAAUUAUUUUGGGCAGAGCACUGAAACAUUUCACUGUAAAAGUUUAAACCUCUCUUUUACACAUUUUGCUGACUAUAGCUGUUUCUUUAACUGUCUCUACAGAAAACCAAAGCUUCAAUUCUACCUCUGGAUAUGGCGACGCAGUCCAUCGACGACAUGUUUGAUGGCUGCCGCUCUAAAGCCGCCUCCAUAAUCGACCUGUUUGGCGUGUAUGAGUGGCACUUCAACCGAAAGUUCAGUUUUGCUUGGUCUAUAGCUGAAAAGAGUGCAAAGAAACCUGCACACAAACAGCUAAAAGAUGACCAUGCCAUUGCUUUGUACAUAUUCACAAAAGUAAAGAACAUCAGAAGGGAGUUUAAUAAUGUGGUAAAAACAGGGAAACACAAGUACAGCACUCGUGAAUUUAAAUUUCACUAUUUGUAUUUCUACCUGACUCAUGCAAUCCAAGCUUUGCAUCAAAAUAACACUCUGUGCAGGACCACCUACCUCAGGACACAAACACACUUUAAUGUCCUCGACUCACACAUGCGAUUUGGUGCUUUCACCUGGGUUGCUACAAGCAAGCAGGCAUUCAGCUUUAAUGGCAAUCUGUCAUGUUUUGAGAUACACACGUGUUUUGGUGCGAGGAUCACUUAUUACUCUGCCACAAAACAAAAAGGACAGGUGCUAAUUCCUCCCUACGAGGUCUUUCAAAUCACUAAUAUCCUCAGGGAUGACCCAUGGUGCACUGUGGUUUACAAGCUGCAGAGCACCAAAACACCGAUGACAGAUUUAAACUGUAAAUUAAGGAAGGAGGAAUUGGACGAGUAUUUCGGAGGAGUUUUAGCAAACUGGCGUUGGAGCAGCAGAGUUUGGAUGAUGUUAGCAUGCGUCAUACUGCUGAUUGUCAUUUCUUUAAUUCUUCUUAAAUACAGGCAGAAGAGUUUUGUAGUAUUAGUGCUGGGAGGUCUGCUGGUGUGGGUGAUUAUUUUAGUGGUUUUAAGGGUUUUAAUGAAAGAUUAGUUAAUUUGCACACUGAAGAACACAAAUUUGUGCGCAUUCAUCAGGUAUUGUGAUGUUGAAAGCUAUUAGUUAAAGGAACGUCUCUAUUGUAAGCUUAGAUUUUGGAUGUUAUAAUGUAAACUGGAGCAUAAUAAAGAACACGAUGCUCCAAAAUUUAGAUUUAAGAGUCAGAAAAGCAGCAACUU